AUGGAAGACAUAGGAUCACAAACCGUAAUUGUCGCCGAAAAGGAGGCGGAUAUCAUCCUGCCGCCACCGACGGCGUUGAAUCCGGUACCUGUGUUGCCGGUAGCCUUGCGCGUCGACAACCGCGAGCAGCUUUUGGGCCUGUUGGAAUCCGACCCCCACAGUGCAUCCUCAACAUUUCGACAACUAUUGGUGUUUGGCACCGAGUCGUUGCGCACCUUACUGCUUCGUCAAGUGAUGUCGGACCCUCAUACGAGAACCUUCAAGGGGAAGAAAAAGAACUGGGAUGAUCUGAACUCGUUCCAAUAUCCCAAAACAAUAAAUGUCGUGGGAACGAUAGUAUUGCACAACCAUGAAAAGGCAGACGAAACUCCGCAGUCGGCUUUUCCGGACGACGCAACAUCCUGGGACAACUACCGUGACGGAAAACAGAUAGAUGUUGUCACAUAUUUUUUGCGACCCACCGAUGUUGCCCAAACGCAACUCGCUGCCCGACGAAUUCACGCAUGGAAGAAGCAAAUCCGAAUUCAUCAUCGAGUUGUCUACUUACCGCAAGCCUCGGCUUUGAUCCGAAAGAUUCUGAACAAUAUGGGGCUCACGACUUCUCCUAACGUCUCGAUCCAGCAGCUUCAAAUGGAUAUAUUUCCGCUCGAAACGGAUAUUCUGUCCUUAGAAUACGAUGAUGCCGUCAGAGAAUCCGAAGUCGAGCAAACUCCGAGCAAUCUGAUCACAACAGUUGCUCGUAGUAUUUUGAAGCUGCAAGAUGUCGUGGGUAAAAUUCCGCAUAUUCAAUCUUACGGUGCCUUGGGCGAGGAGGUCGUGCGCAAGACGCUAGAUAUAACAGUAGACGAGUACCUCGCUCGGGAUCGAGUAGAAGAGGAAGUGGGUGAGGUCAUGGGGGGACAAGUCGAUGCCUUGGUGAUCAUUGACCGCAAGGUGGAUAUGGUAACACCAAUGCUGACGCCUCUUACAUACGAAGGUCUCUUGGAUGAUGUUGUCGGUAUUGAUUGCGGUUUUAUCAAUGUGGAUGUGGAUGUCAUAAAUCCCGAGGACAGCACCGAGAAAAAGAGUGAUGCGAAACGCGAAAUUGUCUCCUUGGGCGUCAAUGCAAGCGACAGUCUAUACAACGAAGUCCGUAAUCAACACGUGGAAAAGUUUGGUUCGUUCUUGCAAAAUCAGGCAAUGGCCCUCAGACAAUCUCACGCGGAAUUUACUAGUCAAGGAAAGAAAAAAGAUUUGAGCGAAAUCCAUCAAUUUGUCAAGAAUAUUCCAAUGUUUACACAGAAUCUACGCUCUUUGACGAACCACAUUCAUUUGGCUGAACUUGUGAAAAAAACAAGUGAAGAACCUUUGUUUCGUGAACGCUGGCAAACAGAGCGAGCCAUGCUUGAAGGCGAAACCUGCUACGAAACGCUAGAAGACCUCGUUGCUUACCAGUAUGCGCCUUUCAAAUUCUUCCGACUUCUUUGUUUGCAGUCAUUGUGCUCCAAUGGAAUUAAGUCUUCUCGAUAUGAUGCUUUGCGUCGUGACAUUGUUCAAACCUACGGGUAUGAGUAUUUGUUUGUCCUUGAAAAUUUAGAAUUGGCCGGGUUGUUGAGUCGACGUGAAGGGCUUUGGAUGGACACGACGUCACCUUUCAAUAACCUGCGCAAAUCGGUGCAUUUGAUAAAUGCUGAGGUCGAUACUGUCGACCCUGAUGAUAUUUCGUAUGUAUCCAGUGGCUACGCUCCGCUCUCGGUUCGCAUCCUACAGACUGCUGUCAAAGGGUGGAACACUAGGUCUGAAAUUUUGCGAGAACUCCCAGGACGACUGAUUGAUGUAAUUCAACAGAAUCCGCCCGAAGAGUUGUCUGCUGCGCUGAAACGGCCAAUGAAGAAGCUAGGGGCAGACACCGAUCAAGAUACACAAGGCAAGAAAAAACCUACUUUGAUGGUUAUGUACGUUGGCGGGGUGACGUACAUGGAAAUUGCGGCCUUGCGCUUUCUAUCCAAACGCCCUGGGUUCCCGUUCCAUAUCAUUAUCUGCACUUCCAAGAUCAUAAAUGGCGACAAGCUCCUGAAAUCUCUUGCCUAG